AUGGGUUAUAUCGAUGGUAAAGUCGAGAAGCAUGAAGCACCACCAUCUGGAUCUGUAGUUCAUGACGACGCAUCUUCAUCCUCUUGUUAUGCAACUGAAGAUGACGAAGAAACCCAAAUACAUCUGGGUCCCAAAAUUAGCAUCAAAGAACACCUCGAAAAGGAUAAGAUGAAUUUCAGAAUCCUUCUGAUAGUGGUGCCUUUAGAAGAACCCUACCUAGGGCUAAUUACGAACAUCAACAAGAUCGAGUGCCCAAAUGGUCCGUCUGUGAAGUUUUUAGUGAAUGCAGUUCACACAAUGGAAGAAUUAAAACUUCCUGGAAAUCAUCUGAUUUGGAUUAGUGUUAAAUUACAAUUUUGGGUUGUGCAAGGUGAUCCUGAAGCUUGGUUGUGGUGA